AUGUUGAAAUUUGUAUCAGCGCUUGCAUUUCUGGUGAUGAUCAUCGAAGCUACACCGAAUACUUAUUCCACCGUAGACCAGCAUCCGUAUUCCAGAUACUCUCAGAAUAUAAUUCACGAGCAGCCCGUAUAUGCAAUCAAAACCCAUCAUAUAAAUCAUGUCUACAAACAACCUCAAAGUCUGACGAAAGUUGUUUUCCCUAAGCUAAACACCCAUCAAAAGCUCGUUUAUAGUGCUCCAGUCAAACAAAGCCAUUUAUAUGGUGGAGAAAACCAUGGAGGGUAUGCUAAGAAUUAUAAAAAUUACUACGCUUACCCCAAAUACGACUUCAAGUACGGUGUAGAAAAUCCUCAUACUGGAGACCAUAAGAAGCAGUGGGAAACCCGAGAUGGUGAUGUUGUGAAAGGAGGAUAUUCGUUGAAGGAAGCCGACGGUACGAUUCGCGUUGUAGAAUAUACAGCAGAUAAACAUAAAGGAUUCAAUGCUGUGGUCAAGAAAAUCGGUCAGCCUUAUCACCACCCACUGGGUCAUAAUCCGGUUUAUAACCAUAAGUCGAGACAUCAGACUGGCGCAAUUGUACAGAGUCAUCAUCAUCAUCAUCAUCAUUAUGCAAGUCAAUGGAAUCCCUCGGAGAAUCAUCGGAGCGAAGGAGCAACUAGCUAUUCAAAAAUCUGGCAGCAACACUAA